UGGCGACCCCACCACCCGACGCUCACUAGCCUCUGCCCAGCAUCUGGCUAGGUUCCAACGACCAUGUCAUGCGUCACCUCGCCCACGGCCACCCGAUUUACGACUUUUACGACAGACAGCAUCUCGACAUCGUUCAGUGACAGUGUGUCGACGCUGGACCCUACAGUGACCACAAUCCAGUCGGUCAGCUGUGUCCCCACGUCGAAUGGCACCUUGUCCGCGAGCUCGUGUAGUACGGUGGACUCGGUCAGUACUAUAGCGGGCGGAACAACGACAAUCCAAGUCCCCGUGUUUAUCACCGUCCCGAUCACGUCCAGUUCGGCUACUGCAACGCUUUUCACGACCUCCUGUACCAGCGACAGCUCUUCACCCACUGAUACAUCCUCCGCCCCCACGUCAACCACCACAGUGGUUCUCACUACUGCGGUUGAAACGACGGUCACGUUCCAAUCCUCAUUCACCUCUGAUGGCACUGUCAUCUUCACCUCCGGAACCUCGACUGCGUUCAGCACCGUUCUUGAGACCCAAACUAGUGUGCUGGUACCUACUGGCACGUCGUCUUCGUCCGGGUCCUCGGAUACCAGCGCCAUCGUCGGAGGCGCCGUUGGGGGCGUUGUAGGAGCCAUCAUCCUCGCCCUCUUCGCGUGGCUACUAUUCCGCAAGAAGCGCCGCUACGACUUCGAUGACGAGCUCUUCCUCCACGAAGCCGUCAAUGAUGACCAUUCCAAGCACGUCCUACGUAAAAACGGAGGAGAGAAGCAGGGAGUUGACGUCGAUGCAGACCCGCGUCCCUACACGUACGGCGCGCUCAGUGCAGGACCGAGCUCUGGCCCUCAGACACCCAGUACCGAGGGCCCGCCGCCCGUCCCCUACCGUGGACCUCCUCCGCCGCCUCGACCCGCUCAGUUCUACUCGGUGCCCGGGAAGGGACUUCCACCUUCUCCACGCCCUGUUCCGUCGCAGACCAGCCUCAGCACCCCUUCCGCCUACAGUACGCACCCGAGCGCGCAGUCGUACUCCGGCCUCCCAGCUGCAAACGCGUCGGUGUCCACUCUCACCACUACUGGCGCCGGCGGCUACGAUCAGCAUCGUCCACUGCAGGUCGUUAACAACUAUGCCCCUGUUCAGCCACAGCCGGUGGGGCUCCCGUCGCCCUCGGAGAAGAGCCAGAUCUACCUCCACCCGGACAGAGGGCUCACUACGGUCACGGAACGCUCGGAGCCAUCGGGCUCGAGCAUGUACGUGCCUCGUCGACCGCCCACACCUGCUGGGCUUGCAUCGGUCCCUGGUCCUCUUCCUCCGCCGCAGGCUGCGUUGGUGUCGCAACCCGAUCCCUCGCGCGGGCCAUUCGUGCACCAAGAUGCCGGGCGCGCUGCUCCCGCUAGGGCACCGGAGAGCGAAGCACCUCCCGCAUAUUCUGUGUAAUAGUUUGGACCUUGAUUCACCCUCAUUACUCUCCGGGAGCCUGGGCGGACUCCGAUACCUUUGGGAAUGCUUCAUAGCACGCUAGGUCAUUUCUUUGUACCCUAAUUACGACGUUAUCAUGUUGUUGAUUAUGUAUUAUCGUUGCUGUCGUAGGUUAUAUCCACAUGCUGUAUCCCCUGUUGCUAUACAAUCUAUAUAGUCC